AAUGCUUGUUUCCAGCGAGGUGGGAAGGCACGUGGUUCCAAAGUGGCGUGAGGCAAUCAAUAUUAAUAUCCAAGAACGAAUUAUCCACCAAGGGCAGGUGUCUUCACAACGAAGGUGACAAGUUUCUCCUGGUAGAUCAGAAAUCAUGCUACCGUUGCGUCGUCAUUCACGAGAAGCAUUCCAACGUUCUGCAGUACAAAGAGACUUUUUGCCACAAUAGGAACUCUCUGGCGUCUCUCUGCUCGUAUAUUACGGGGGAUGCGCUGCUAUACUCCAUGUUCCGCGAGGAGGCACCCCCCGUCGCGUGCCCUUUUCGCGGCCCCAUGACCUUUUCGUACAACCGCGGCCACGGCACGUGCUCGAACCCGCCGAGCAACGUCGACACCUGUACAGAUGACAGCAGACUUCUCUUCAAAUAUCAAGCCUGCCCCGACGUACCAGCUUCGGAGAGCGCAGUGGAGGAGCUGGAAUGCCUGGCCACCUGGAAGGAAGGCAGCAGCCGUUACUUAGUCGGCCGUCUGCAUCACGGCCACGCGUCCAGCAACGAGGAUCGAUACCGGUGCUUUGUCUACGAGAAGGCAGGGCAGCAGACGGUGCAGAGUAACCUGAACAGGGCGGCCAUGGGCAUGGGCACCAUGGACCACGAAGUCGCUUUGCCGGCCGGCGGGCCGGUGCCCGAGGGCACCGCCGAGGUGUACCGGGUGGCGCAGAGCGGCGACGCGACGUGCAAUGGUCUGUUCAGUCCUAUGGAGGGCUCCCGAACGAUGACCCUGAGGAAAGUCUCGUCCCCGGGCGAAUGUCGAUUCCCAAAUUGGCUGACUGGACACUCGAGCGGCGGACUGACCUGGCACACUCUGGACCUCGGCAGAUCCUACACGUUUCAUUCGCGAAACGCGUCUCUGCAUGUCGCAAGACCAAACACGACUUCGUCGAGUUUCGAAGGCGGGUCCAUGGACCUGCAAUACGUGCCCGGGCCGGAGGAUCAGGACGUGAAGAUCCUUUGCAACAGCAUAAAGCAGUCGAAUGGCGCGCAGACCAUGACGACGAUGACGCUGGUGGCACACUUCACUGUCGGCUGUCGGAGCGGUUUUAUGUGCAUGACAUUCUACCGAAGAGACGGCCACGUGAUCGAGCUGCAAACGGGGAGCGCGGUAUCUAGACCGGAAGAAGCAUGCAGCCCGCCCCAUUUUCUGCAGCACAGUACGCCUUUUCUCACCUUAGUCACGAGCUCUCCGGAACCACGUACCUGUCCGUACUUGGGUAAGUUCACGGUAACGGACGUGAAUCGGAAUCAACGGAAUACGCGUGAAAGCCGCAGGAGCCAACACCAGCAGCAGCAGGAGUCUCUGCCGAUCCGGCACGACGGCGAGAAGGUGCGACACGCCCAGGAGAGGAAUGAAGACCGGCGGGCUCGUAAGCUGGAUUACGAGGUCGAGAAGAGGCGGGCCAACAACGAGUAUCUGGUCCACGAGAGGAUGGGUCGGCGGGCGCGUUCGAAUCGCGGCGGCAACCGGAGCCGCAAGGACUACAGCCUGGAGGAGAUCCCGUCGAGGAGAUCCUCCGAGCUGGAGGAGACUUUCCGGGACCUGCGGGAGCGCGCCGUGCGAUCGAAGGUCCGACGAUCGGGCGACCUCGAGCAACGCGGCGCUGAAAGCUCGCGCUCCAAAACGAGGAGAUCGCGCGCCGUCGAGCAUCUCGAGAGAGACGCGAGAUACACGACGGAUCGCGGGAGAAUUGACAGAAAUGAGGGCGAAACGGUCGAAGACGAAAUGAAGUCGAGGGACGAGGCGAACAACAGAUCGAGAAGGGACCCGAAGAUAGAAGAUUUCCAUCUGUACGAUGUCGAUGUGAUCGGACGGUUUUGGGCCGCCGAUCCGGACGGCAGCUGGACCUCCAGCACGCUACAGGUGCAGGGCGAUUAUUUCGGGGAUUAUCUGGAAGUCGAUAGCCCGCCGCGAAAAAGAUCCGCGUCGGGGAACCCGACCGACAAGGGUAUGACCUAUAAAGAUCUCCUGAGGAUGAAGAGGGAGCUCGAGGAACACGAGAGGGACGAGGAUAUUCCGGAGAAGAGGGAGAAGAGGAACGAGGACGAAUCGAGGUGCAGCUCCGAGGUGACGACCUUAACCGUGGGCUGCUCCACGGCGGACAGGAUGGAGUUUCAAAGUGACUGCGUUGACGACGACGCUAUCACCGCCUAUUCCUGCCACGGUAGAUGGUUCGACGCCGAGGGCACGCAGUUCGUGAUCGCCACCCCGUUGGCGCGCAGAACAGCAUGGUCGAACAGCGAGAACAACAGGGCGCAGCCCUACAGGAAUAGCCGUAGACUGUGCUUCAUGUACAAAGAGAGCGGCGGAGUUGUCAGUUUGACUGCCAGCCACAUAGCGUGUCAGAGGGGCAUCCCACCGCCUGCGCCGAUGUUGGCCUUCAACGCUACCAGCACCGGCCAGUGCAUGGAAGCGAACGGCGGACAGAUCGGCCGAUCGACGUACCUGACGAUCGUUCUGCUGACAGCAGUCGCCGCGAUAUUCAGGUGAUUCUAAUCGAAAACGCGAUUAUUCGAAAUCAAUUUAAAAAAAUCAGACUCAAACGCGGUGCCGGACACUCAGUGAGAUCGUUAUAAAGAAUAUUCGCGACAAAGUGAUCGGCCGUGGCUCGAUCGAUCCGAGCGCGCGCGUAAAGUUGCAGAUGAAUGCGAUCUUAGACCGUGAAUGAGAAGAUGCGGGGAGAAAAGGGGAGCUUAUCGACCGAUUUAGCACAAUCGUGCUCGUAGCUCCUGUUAGUUUCUUCGAGCUGUCAGGAAAAACUCGCGUUCCCGCGAUCGUCGUUCCGAGGCCGAAGAGGCGCAGCCGCGUCGUCGAUGAAACGGAUAAGGAGUAACGAAUGACGGACGACAGGAUCGCACGAAGGAUCAUCUUACGAAGAAUCGACGGAAGAUCCGAAAAGAAAGUUGGAUUUUCGCGACAACUUCGACACGCACGAUCUCGCAGGAAGAGACAGGCAUCGAAGGGACAUCGGCGGCGAUAUUGCGCGAUCGAAGCGAAGAGAGAGAGCGCGGACUCGUUGAGCGUGAGUUUUCCCUGGCCAGUAGAUUUUUUUACCGGACGUAGCGCGUAGGCACUAAGAUUGAGGUCGGGCGGAAGUUGACGAAGUUGUUUAGGCGAUUUCUAUGGUUUGGCCAUAUCACGAUCGGUAUCGCGACGAACGACGCGGUCGACCUCGGUCGAGGACGAAGGACCGCGAUUCGCCCACGCGGGAUCGAUCGUCCCGGAGUCCUCUCGUUCUAGCCGAUAAGACGCGGCGAUCGUUUACUUUUUAGGAACGGACAGAAAAGGAUGACUACUACGAAAGAGAGACUAUAUCCUCGAUAAGUGCAAAAAAAAAGAGAGAAAGGGAUGAAGAAGCAUUUACUCGGUAAAUAUUUUCUUCGCCGGGCGCGCGUACGCUCAUUUCUUUGCUCAUUCUCGGGCAUGUACCCUCAAUAAGUACCGAGUUAAUCGACGAUACGCGUAAUAAUUAAUAUCGAUUAAUUACAAAUAAAUACACGCUGUCGUUUUUCGACGGAUCGAGGCGGAUCCCCGAAUUUGUUCUGUGAAGUGACGCCGCGAAGGAUGAAGGGAAAUGGAGUCGCUCGUUCUCCCCGGGACGAGCUAGCCGAGCGAGAGCGGUUUUUAUCUGAACGACGAACGAGAAUGAGGACAGUGACUCUUGAUUAAUUAGCAUGGCGGAGUCCUCUAGCCGAUAAGAAACAAAUGCGUAAUAUUAUUUCACCCCGCGAACCAGUCGAGGAUUAAAGAAGGUCAAGAGAUUAUUGAACGAGACUACAGGGGCUCCGUUCUGGAUGUCACACCAUGGUACACCGGUGUUCUCUCUUCCUCGGGGCUCACACGGCUCACUACAUUUUUCUUUAUUCAUGCGUCGAGAGGGGAAAUCCGCCGAGGAAAUCGCACGACGCGACGCGUCCCUCCGCGCGCGCGCGCGCGAGGCAGAUGACACGGGUGUGAUCCUUUGAUCUAUAUUUUCGCUUCAUUAGCAUCUCGUUAGACGCGACGCGCAAAUGCAGCCCCCGCCUGAUCCUAUAAGUUUUUAUUCGUCGAGGAUAAAGAUCGCGUGCGAUGUCACCGUCAAGUCUCGGGGAGGGAGAACUUGCCUUUAACGUUAAAUGUGCGGUGGUGACGCCGAGGUCUUUGUCUCCUAUGAGCAAUCGAUUAGCUUAAUUAACGAUGGGAUGCCCGCGGACGGAUAUCUCUUCGGUGGUGACCCGCUCGGCGCGAACGUUAAUGUUAAGCAAUAAGCAAUAAAGAUACACGAAACAUGUAUACAAAAGACGUACAUACACACACACACGCGGAUACAUACAUUUACGUGGCAACAGAAACGCUCGAGAACGGUGAUAACGAGGCGGAUGUGUUGCGCUUAGAAUCGAGCGUGAAGGCGUUAUAACUCGAAGAAGGAACUCAAUCGGUUUCGAUUUUCGUGAUUAAUGACGACAGAAGAAGGCCAGACGCGACGGUGUAGGACGCUACGAUAUUAUUGUAACUAAUACAGAGUCUAUAUUAUAUAUAUUAUUGUACAACCAUCUUUGUAAUAAUUAAGCUGUAAUCGAGUGACGAGAGAUAGUAGAAGGAAGAGACAAACAAAGGGGAAGUUAGGAGCAACAGAAAGAGUGUGUGAGAGUGAGAACUGAAGCGCGUGUGUAUGUGUGCGUGCGAAAAUGAAAGAGAAAAUUGGAAUGAAAGAGUGGGAGGGGCUGGGGGGAGGGUCAUGAAAAAAAGAGUGAAUUAUAGGAAAAAGCCAAUUGCUAUUUUAGCACUUUUUCAAUCGCGUCGUACGUAAUUUCUACGCCACUAAGAUUUUUCCGUCGGAUUUUGGUUUAAUCAAUCAACGACGUCGGCGAGAUCGAUUCUUGAGAAGGAAGCGAGAAACUCGCAACGGAUGCGAUGAAAAUCUCAUCGAGCCGUCAUUCGCCGUUCGUUCAUCCGCGCGUCCAAUUAUUUUUGUUCUUUCUCUCGUCGAUCUCGAUCGAAAUUGCUUCGCAACGCUGACCAACCAACGGUGACCGACGUUUCGCGAGGAUUUCCAUCGAUCCAUCGCGUUAAUUGCGUUAUUUAUCCCAUCUUUGCCUUAGUCGAUCGUCGGGAUCGUUAAGCGUCGCAUGUUAUUUCACGCCUACUCAAGGAUCCUCUCGGACAACGCACUUCAUCGGGCGGCAAGUGUCUCCGUUUUCAGGGUUCUCAGAAGAGAGGGACCGAUCGAUUUUCGUUCAAUUACCUCUCUCUCGACGAGAGUGGUAUACCGUGAAGAUAUUAUUGUCAGUGCGCACAACAAUUGCGAGGUAGCGCGAAGCUCGUGCCAUGCGGGCGAGCAGCGCGCGUUCUCAUUUUUCACCAACAAGUAGGACUUAGGCUACUUAGGACACUUAGCAGUUAUCAGCAUUAGAAGCCAUACUGUACCUACGAGCGCAGCGUAUACAUAUAUAUAGCGUAUAUGAAGUAGUAUGUUAAUAUCGGGUCUAGCCGUUAAGAUUUCUCUAGCUUCUUAGGGAUAAUAAGCUCAUUGUGAACAGCAAUCAGGUCUGAUCCAGGUGCCCCGCGGUCACGAAUCACGUGCGUUACAAUCCUGAUGAGGCCCGAUCGUCAAUCUCGCGUCUAACGAGACGACGCGACUUCCGCGAUAGCUAAAAGUCUCAUCGACGGAGCGUGCGACUGUGAAAAAGCAAGAGUUCGAUAGUAAUUUACGCUCUAUCUUUUUCUAAAAAUUUGAAAAAAUUAAUCUGUAUUAAAUUCUCAAUUUUUUAAUGUUAAUUCUCGCGAGCUUAAACAACGAAAUAGUUACACCCGAUUCUUCAACCCUUAAAGUACAAAACAUGAGUAUUUCGAGUCCGACCACUUUUUCACUUAUUUAAAGUCGUUCAAGAAAUCUCUAAAAAUUCAUAAACAUACUUUCAAGUUUCUAGAACAAAUACACUUUAUUUUUUACCGAAUAAGAUACCGUUUUUAAUUGUACUUUAAGGGUUAAAUCGAUGAAUAUUCUGUACGGAAUAAGAUCAGCAUGAUCCGAGAAUCACUCGAAGCCUCUCCAUAUUAAUUAAAAUUUUUAGAAUUUUGAUGAAAUCGCUCAAAUAGCUCUGAAUUAGAUCAUAUCAUGUAUAACUGUGUUGUCAAUCGGAGCAUCAAUUGUUUGCUAUCCGCUAUAUCGCGGUCAGCGUAAGAAUAAAUGUUUAUUUUUUUUUACAGCGUUGUUAGAACGCGGAUGAAAUCAUUCAAAUUCCGCGAUUUUUUUUUAAUUAUCCCAUCUGUAUUGCCAAACAAAACGCAUAUUUCAAUCAUAUAUAUUUUGCUCCUAUACAUUUUUGUUUGCUUUCAUGAUCCCCGCUAUAUGCGAAGCUAUGGGAUGCAUGCAAUAAUCAGAUUAAGCAAAGCUGAUGGCAAAGAGAAGAGCGGAACGCGGACGGUAUUAAAGAAUGAAAAUGGUUAUUCGAACAUUUCUACGCGCGCUCUUCACUUUUUAACUUACCCUCACGAUUGACACUUCGAAAGCGAGCGUCUUAGAACGACUCGUCCUUGAGCUAUGCUUAUCAUCUGCAAGGAUUCGCGGUCUCAUAUCGACAUUAUUAUUGCAGAGAGGAAGAUAAUAUGCAAUAAUGAACGAAGCUAAAAUAUUCGAAUCGAUCGCAAAUUGGUUCGUAAGGGGAAACUUUACGAAUUUUACAUAAUGUCGUAGAAUUUUCAACGAUAAAAAUAACCGGGUUUCGAGAACGGAAGAUGCGAGAACGUAACUGGGCAAACGCUCGAAUAUUCUAUUAUUUUCGAUUUAUCUGGCGCAAACAACGUCGAGGGAUUCAAUAAUUAUCGGAGCAUCCCCAAACAUCGUUACUAACCCCGACCGACUCGAUCCGCUCGAUUCGCUCUUUCUCUAUCUCUCUCUCUCUCUCUUUCUCUUUCGCCCUCUCCCUCUCUUGCCAAACAUUAUGCGCGGCAUUUAAUGAGAUUGAUGCAAUCGUCCGAUGCAUUUAAUCCUACCAAUUUACAUUGCGCCCUAAUAUCGUGCGCGAGCAUUCCGCUAAUGGAGUCGCUAAUGAGAAACAGAAACAUUCUCCUCGCUCGUUGUUGUUUUCGAUAGAUUAGACAACCACCAGCAGAAAAUUGCAAACGAACCGUCCGCUCCCGGGAGAAAAUUCGUACUUCAUUUGAGCGCGCUGUUCGCUUGAUUUUUGUCCUACCACAGUGGGAUUUACGUUUGUAUAAAAUAUUUGCCACAGACGAGAUGCAAGUGGAAAUUUCACAUAAUAAGUCGAAAUCAAAUCUGAUCAAAUCUACCUUCCUUCUUCCGAAGAAAUCGUUGAACUUCGAUUUAUAAGAACAAUUGUUCUUUUUUUUUUUUUUUCGUCCGUUUUUUAUCCCGGAAUUUAAAUAUGCAAAAUUUUGAAAGAAGCAUCGACAAUUUAUUUUCGCUGAGGAAACAUUGACUUCAUGUAACUCGGAGAAGAGAGUUGUUGAAACCUCUUUUUUGGCGGAUAUAGCUCCCCGUUCAGCGGAACAAGCCCGAAAGUUAUUCGUAACAACUAACGUCAGUAUAUUUUCGUUCGAAACACCGCUCGAUGAAACUCGUUUGUUACAACAAUCUCCCGGAUGUAAGACGCGCUUCUCGCGAACGCGCUGUGCGCGGUUGAUUUCACCGCAUCGUGCGGAUGUGGCUUCGAAACCGAUGUGAAUACCGAACCGGGAUUACAACAAAGCGCCGCGUGCGUCAGCCGUCCGAGUCGGCGGCGGCGUACCGACGAUUAACGAUUUUAUGGAAGCUCGUCUGAUAGGAUUAUCGGAUUACUUCCGUGUCGGCGCGAGUACUCCGCGCGCAGUAUAUUGCUCUUCCGCGUCGCGGAUUAUGUUCUCAUUCUUAAGAUCGCCCCUGCCACCGACUGUGUCACUCGAGAGAUUUGGGAUACGUCCCGGGCAAACAACUCGCGGCGAAGUUGGCCUCGUGACAAACGGACGCUUCGAGUACGCGGGAUCAUCAACCCCGCUUUAAUAAAUCAAAUCAGCCGUUUUGGCAGCGGCCCGAUAAACCCGUAAGUUGAAAAGAUUUAAUUGAAGAAAAAUGUGUUAUUUCUGAAAUUUAUAAAUAUCACGUUUAUAUUGUCCAGAUGACGUUGUUUUCAUACGCGCAAUAAGUUCAUGUUCCUUUAAUCUUAGAACAAAUAAUCAGAGCCUUUAAAUUAAACUAUUGACUCUCCUUAAUUCAUAUCACUGCCUUUCGAUCAAAUCUGUCUUAUUGGUUAUUAAUCUUCAAAUUAA